CCCGCAGCCUUACCGCACGAGCAGGAGUGCGAGGGGAAGCGGGGCCACAUCGGAGACACGGCCAAGGUCCGAAGCGGGGAUUUCAUCCAUGCUCCCCGCCCCGCGCCAGGGCCUGGGAGCUGCCCUGGUCUGCUUCCGGAAGGCGGCGAAGUUCGCCGCCUGGGCGUCGCGGGCCGGCCCGGCGCCCUACGGCCUCCUGACGGACUGGAAGGAGGCCAAGCCGUGCCUGGAGGCCGCCGGGGCGUGCGCGCUGGGCGCCCGCCCCGCCUUCCUCGUGAUCCACGCGGAGACGGCGAAGUGCCGCGAGCGCGCCACGGCGUGGGCCGAGGCCCAGCCCGCCUGGGCCACGCCGACGCGCAUCCUCGCCGACCUGGGCUUGCUGAGGCUCUGCCUGCACGGCCUGGUCGGCGGCGGCGCGGCGCCGCAGGGCGGCCCGGGCCUGGCCACCCCGUGCGGCAGGCGCGCCCUGGGGCAGCUGACGCUUGGCGGUUGCCGCAGUACGUGGGCACGGCGGACUGCUGGCCGAGCGCCGUGCGGGCAGGCUUCCGGGAGCUGA